UAGACGCCAUCACGGGAACCUCCUUGGUCCCUAAGUUAGAAAAAAAAAGUUACUCCGUAGUUUUUAAAUUUUCCCUUGACAGAUGGAGUAGUGGCUAAAGCAUUAAGCAUAGCGACUUAAAUUGAUAGCAUUAGGAGGGGGGUUCGUCAGCCUUGUUCGGUUAUUCCCAUGUCCCCAACCCCCUAAAAAAAGUCAACAAGUCAAGAACUCCUGAGUUCCUUGACUUUGGACAUUCCAGUCCCCACCCGCCACCUCAUAUCAUAAAUCUACCCUCUAUUUUUCUCUCCCCUUUCCCAAAAAAAAAUAAAAAAUAAAAAAAAGAUAAGGAUGUGCUACAAUCACGAAGAAGAAUGGCGACGAGAAAAAGACAAUCACACGCCGCCACAAUCGACGGCCGCCGCCGUCGCAAGAUCGGUUGCUCUUCUCGAGGAUUUGAGAGCGCGAGCAGCUGAGACCGAGUUCAGACUCCAACAAGCCAGGGCUAGAGAAGCCGCCCUCACUCGUCAGCUUCAUGAAACAAAACGCUUCGUUUUAGUCAUGGAGAUCAUUGAAUCCUACCUUCAACGACGCUUCCUUCAACAGCAACAACUCCUCGCUCGCCUCCUCUCCCCUGUAUCUGUACCCCCUCAAUAAACUUUUUACCUUUUUUUUUUUUUUUUUUUUUGUUGUUGUUGUAUAUAUUUUAUGUUUGAUUUUCAUUUUUUUUGCUUUAUUGAUAAAAACAAAAAAUUAGGGUUCGUGUUGUAUAAUUUAUCAACUAAUUUAUAAGAAAUCAUUUCUCUAUUACAAGAUUCAUUUAAUUU